UUAUACUUUUACUAUUAUUAGUUUCAUAGUUAAAUUUUAAAUAUAGCGCUCUAUCUUAUAUACAAUCUAAAUUCGUGGUUUAUUCUAUAUACAAACUAACUUGGUGAUUAAACUUACAUACAACUUACGAUGUUUUGUAACAUGUUUCCUUUGACCCAUUUUAACGCUUGAAAGCAAAAUGGAUGAUAAAGAAGACUUAUUAAAAAAAACAGAUCAUCAGAAACAAUGUUGUUCUUCUCAAGGAAACUUAAAUAAUGGUGAUAUAGCUAUUAAUAAACCAUUGUAUUUAGUCAACUGUCUUCAAUUAUGUAACCUUUCAUGCGAUUUUGACUCAGGAAUAUUUCUUAUUGACGGCGACAGUUUACUGUUAUCAGCAAUUUGUGAUGCUAAUUUAAGCAAAGUUCAUGGUGGGCAGACUCUUCAUUUUGUUUAUCUUGUAGAAAGACAACUUCAAAAGUUUAUGAGACGCAAAGGAAAAUUUCAUAUAGUUUUCUUUAAAGAUUCUCUUUUUGUAAAUGAACCACAAAACCAACUUUUAAGAGAAAUUUCAAUUUUUCAUCUUAAAGAAGAAUUAAAUAUUACAAUUUGGAAUCAGUUUCAAAAUGCUUGGGAUAACUCUUUCAAAAUAUGGGUUCAAACAAAUAACCCCAUCUUUUUUCUGAUGUUUGACGCUUUUAAAAACUGUCAGUAUCAAACUUUAUUUUUACAAAUGGAAAAAAUUUUAACUCUACAAAUAAACGUAGCCUUCAUUAACGAUAUUACUGUUGGAAUCUCAUCUUUAAAAGGAUAUCUUAUUUUAGCAAAAAAUGCUAAGAAAGAAAGGAAAAGAGAGAGCAUGGUAAAGAAAACAUAUUAUGCUUUUUAUGAAAAACAACUUCAGUUGCAAGUCAUGUUACAAUUUGAUUCAUUUUCAGAGUUUAAUAAUAUUGAAUCAGAAUUUUUUGCAGCAUAUUUGUUUAUGAAGCAACAUCUAUUAUCUCAAAAAUAUGUAGACUUUGCCAAACUCGUUGUACUUUAUGUUUUGCUUAAAAAAGGUUUUCCUUUGCAGAAAAGAGCAUUGCCUAAAGUAAAACAUAAUGUCGACUUUGAGUCUUUGAUAACAAAAUUUCAGAUGAUACUGAGUAAAGUUAUUCAUCAUCGAAGAGAGGCUGGUGUUUUGAAAAAAAAUGAAAUUGUUUGUGAUAUUUGGGACGGUAACCUAUUUGCUACAUUUUGCAACAUAUACUGUAAACAGUUAAAUAAAGGUCAAAUUAUAUUUGACAGUGAUAUUUUCAUCAAUUAUAAAAAUAUUAUUGAUAAGUUUGAUGAGAAGUGUGGUGGCAUUUUGAAAUCAACACUUCCUUGUGAUUUUAGAUUUGUACAUCCUCGUAAAAGAAAAAAAAAAUCAUUUUCUGCUUCUGAUAAUAAUCUUCCAUCACUACUACUCUCUCUUACAAUAAUUUCAGCACCAGUGCCAGAAAGUCAUUUAAUUCAGAUUGUUCCAGUAGAUUGUACGCUUGUUACAUUGUAUGCAGAUAAAAUAUGUAAUCAGAUGGAAGUUUUUAAAAAAUUUGAAGAUAAGUAUCAUUGGCACUGCAAAAAGUUAAUAGAUGAAUAUGAAAUGUUUUCUUUACGUGAAAAAAAGGAAAUUAAAGUGACUAAAAAAGAAACUUCACGAGAAGUAAAACAAAUAUCUAAACAAGGAGAGUUAAAAGUGGGAAAACUUGAACAGAAUAUUAAGAAUCGCUUUGCAAAGUAUCUACAAAUGUAUGGAGAAAGCUUAGGUAUCACUAAAACAACAUUAAUUGUCCUAGAAGAAAAGAGUAAAACAAAAAUAAACAACUGUAGAGAUUUAAGUAAAAAGAAAGUUUCUAGAAAAGCACAACUAAUUAUAGAAAUGAAUACCCUGAGAAAACUUGAAGAAAAAAGAAAUAAGGAUAAUGACAAAUGGAAGAACUUAUUAGAUCAAAUUCAAGACCUGAGGUUUUCUGAAGCUCUAAAACUUAUUCAAGAAAAUGAAAAAAGCUUUACUUCGGAUGAGAUUAAGAUCAAACUUCAGGUAAAAAAGUUAUCAAUCUUGAGAAAUUUGCUGCAUAAUAAAGAUUCGAAUCACUUAAAUCACACCAUCAAUCUUUAUUUAAUUGUUUCAAAUAUUUUUAGCAAAUAUAUGAAUACGCUUUCAUCGGGUGAUAAAAAAAUCAUAGCAAAAGCUUUAAAUAAAGCUGGCUUUUUCAAACUUUUAAAAUUGCUCAACUUAGAGUCUUUUGUUAAACCUACUAAAGCUGAACCAAUAUGUCAUAUUGAGUUUCAAUUGAAAUACUUGGGUAAAUUUUUGUCAAGAACAGAACGUUGUGAUCCUGACCCUAGGAUUUCGGACUUUAUUCCCGAUACGUGGCAAAGAAAACUCUUUGAUGUAGUUGAUAAUAAUCAAUCUGCAGUAAUAAUUGCUCCAACAAGUUCAGGUAAAACAUAUGCUUCAUAUUACUGCAUGGAGAAAAUAUUAAGAACUAGUAACGAUGAUGUUCUAGUUUACGUUUCUCCAACAAAAGCGUUAGUAAAUCAAGUACAUGUUUAUGUGAAUAGUAAAUUUACAAAAACUGAAUUACCUGCUGGAAAGUCAAUUUGUGGGGUAUUUACAAGGGAUUAUAAACAUAAUGUGAAUAACUGUCAGAUACUCAUCACUGUUCCACAAUGUCUUGAAAUUCUUCUGCUGUCCAUCCAAACCUAUGCAUGGUCUCAAAAAAUAAAAUAUGUUAUCUUUGACGAGAUUCACUUAAUUGGUGCAGAUACUGGUGCUGAGACAUGGGAACGUUUGUUGUGUAUUAUUUCAUGUCCUUUUCUUGCACUUUCAGCAACAGUUGCAAACCCUGAAGUUCUUCGUAGUUGGCUUCAAGAUAUUCAAAACUUUCAAAAAAAGAAUAAAAUAAUGCUUAACAGUAAAAGAGAUGAUUUGUCUUACCAAGUUGAAUUAGUUAUUGUAAAAAAUAGAUAUUCUGAUUUAGAAACUUUUGUCUAUCUUCCAGAAAACACAAAGAAUUAUCAGAAGUUGGGAAGCCUUCAAAGAAUUCAUCCAAUUUGUACAUUAAAAUUAUCAGCUGUUAUUGCGGGAGGAAUAUCAGAGCAUAUUACUUUGUCACCAAAAGAAUGUUUGAAACUUUAUGAAGCAAUGAAAAAAAUACAUUCAGAAAAGCCAGAGUUGGUUAAUCUUUCUCCAUCGCAAUAUUUUUUUGAUAAAACAUUUUUAACCCGCGAUGAAGUUAAAUUAUACGAAAACGAGUUAAAAAAUGAGCUUUUUAGCUGGACAUCAAAUAGGAAAUAUUUUGAAGAAGUUCAGCAUAUGUUAUUUGAGUCAGAAAGCAAUUUUAAAAAAUUGAAAGUAAAUAAACAGUUAUUUAAAUUAAAAAACGAGGAAUUUUUACUAAAUGCAUUUAUAAAUUUAAUCAAAGUCUUAAAAAAAAAGUGUAUGCUACCUGUGAUUGUAUGUUGUUUGGAUCGAUUUUUGUGUCAUCGUUUAGUGGAGACUGUUAUAGAAUAUUGUGAACAGAAAGAAAAAACUUUUAUUAAAAAGAAAACUGUCUAUAAAUUAUCUUCUUAUGAGAAGUCUGUUAUGAAAAAGAGUAAGGAUAAAGCUAGUGAAAAAGACGUACCAAAAAAAGAAGAAAUCACUAACUUUUGGCUUGAUCAUGAUAUUGUUAAAGGUGCUUCUUUUGCAGGUAUAGGUGUAUUUAUGAAAGAAGAUUUAACUUAUCUGUAUAAUAGAGUAUCUAAGACUGCUCCUAUAGAUUUUAUGAAAGGAAUACGUUAUGGUAUUGCUAUGCAUCAUGCUGGCAUGAAUAAUAAGUUAAGAACAACUGUUAAAAUAUUAUUUAGAAAGAGAUUUUUAAAUAUUGUCGUAGCUACUUCCACACUUGCACUUGGUAUUCACGUACCUUGUAAAACAGUUGUGUUUGCUGGUGACAAUAUUCAUUUAACUCCAUUAAUGUUUCGACAAAUGUCAGGUCGUGCUGGCCGUAGGGGGUUUGAUAUUACAGGAAAUGUUGUGUUUCAUGGACUUUCCAAUGAAAAAAUAUCAAAAUUACUUACCGGAAAUCUACCUGAACUAUUAGGAAACUUUCCAAUGACUGUGUCUCUUUGUUUACGUUUGUUUAUUUGUCUUAACGAUCAAGUUGAUGAAAAAGCUAAUGACAAUACUCUAAUAAGGAUGUUGGCACUGCUAAAAUAUCCAUUAUUGUUGAAAGAGUAUCCUGAGCUAGAUAGUCAGUUCAAGCAUUUUUUUUUCUUUAGCGUUCAAUUUCUAAUUAGAGAGGAGUUGUUGAAAAGUGAUGGGACACCGCAAGGUUUAGCUGGAUUAGCUUCACAUUUACACUAUCAUGAACCAUGCAAUUUAUCUUUUGUUUCAUUAUUAAAUUCUGGAGUUUUUCAUAAGUAUUGUAUUAAUGGCACCAGACUUAAAAAUGGAUUAUAUACAGCACAGUUUUUAGAAGAUCUCAUUUCUGUUUUAUCCUACUUUUUUACCAAUACUGAAGUCCAUCCAGCGCUUGAGGAGAAAAAAAGAAGUACAAGUGUACUAUUAUUAAAAAAGCUUCCUCAUAUUUUUAUCGAGGAAAUCCGUAAGUAUAAUGAGCGAGUCAAAAAAGUCUUUGACAUGUAUUUAUUGUCAUUAUCAAACGAUAUAAAUGCAAAAUUUAAUGAUGAUGUUAUGCUUCCUUUAUCAUGUAUCAAGUUUAUCUCUUCAAACGAUGUUAAAGUUCCUAAAGGUUUAAUAAUCUACGUUUUAAAAUUUUAA